UUGAAGAUUUUGGCUUAUAAUUUAUAGUUAAAAAAAGCCAACAUUUAUAGGAUAUUUUAGACCAACUUUUUAAGCAAGAACUAAUGAAUGGAAAGCUUCAAGGUGCUAGUUUAUUGCUUCCUUGUCUUCCACUUCAUCCCAACGUCCAAUACCUUAGAAACCAUUGUUCCAGGACAAUCUCUCAAACAUAAUGAGACUUUAAUCUCUACAAAUGAGACUUUUGAAGCAGGUUUCUUCAACUUUGGAGAUUCAAAUAUUCAAUAUUUUGGUAUAUGGUACAAAGACAUUUCACCAAAAACUCCUGUGUGGAUAGCAAAUAGAGAUGUUCCAUUAGGAAACUCAUCAGGAGUUUUGAAUCUUACAGAUAAAGGAACUCUUGUUAUUGUCGAUUCCAAAGAGGUUAUGAUAUGGUCAUCUAAUACAUCAACAACAGCAGUAAAACCAAGUUUGCAGCUCUUGGAAACUGGAAAUCUAGUUGUAAAAGAUGAAAUCGACCCGGAUAAAAUUUUGUGGCAAAGUUUUGAUCUUCCUAGUGAUACUUUGAUUCCAGGUAUGAGAAUUAGAAGUAACUUAUUAACUGGAAAUUAUACAAGUUUGGUAUCUUGGCGAGACACGCAAGAUCCUGCUACUGGUUUGUAUUCAUAUCAUAUAGAUAUUAAUGGUUAUCCUCAAGUAGUGAUUAAAAAAAGAAACACAUUAUUAUUUAGAGUAGGUUCAUGGAAUGGAAAUUUUUUAUCCGGAAUCUCUUCUACGACGCUUUACAAAUCCUUCAAUAUUUCAUUUGUGAUUACUGAAAAGGAAGUUUCUUAUGGAUAUGAACUUUUGGACAAGUCCAUUGUUUCAAGGUACAUGCUAACUCCAAUCGGUCAAGUAUCGCGUUACAUGUUGUCCGAUCAGACAAAGAGUUGGCAACUUGUCUUUGUUGGUCCUUCGGAUCAGUGCGAUAAUUAUGCUCUUUGUGGUGCAAAUUCUAAUUGUGAUAUUGAUAAUUCUCCAAUAUGUGAAUGUUUUAAAGGUUUCAUUCCAAAAUCUCAGGAAAAGUGGAGUUCCCAAAAUUGGACUGAUGGUUGUGUUAGGAGAGUUCAGUUAGAUUGUGACAACAGGGAUCGCUUUUUGAAACGUAUGGGAAUGAAGUUGCCAGAUACAUCAAAAUCUUGGUUUAAUAAGAGCAUGAACCUCGAAGAAUGUGAGCGAUUCUGUAUCAGAAACUGUUCUUGUACAGCAUAUGCAAAUUUAGAUGUCAGAGAUGGUGGAAGUGGCUGCUUGCUUUGGUUUAAUAACAUUUUGGAUGUCAGAAAAUUACCCUCUGGAGGACAAGACCUUUACAUAAGAGUUGCAGCUUCAGAAUUAGACCAUAGCACAGGCUUGAACAAGAAGAAACUUGCAGGAAUUCUAGUAGGCUGUAUUUUGUUUAUUGCGAUCAUGGUCAUACUUGGAGUCGCCAUACAUCGCAAUCAGAGGAGGAAACUAGAGAACCCUGAGCAGAACCAAGUAUUUAGCUUGAGCAAUCACACUGACAACAAAAAGAAUGAAGACAUUGACAUACCAAUAUUUGAAUUAUCAACUAUAGCUAUUGCAACCAAUAACUUCUCGAUUGAUAAUAAAUUGGGGCAAGGAGGAUUUGGACCGGUUUACAAGGGUAAAUUGGAAAAUGGACAAGAUAUAGCUGUGAAGAGGCUUUGCAAUACUUCAGGACAAGGACCAAAAGAGUUCAUAAAUGAAGUUAAGCUAAUUGCCAAUCUUCAGCAUCGAAAUCUAGUAAAGCUACUUGGUUGUUGCGUUCAAAACGAUGAGAAACUCUUGAUAUAUGAAUUCAUGAUCAACAGAAGCCUGGACUACUUCAUUUUUGAUCAAACUAGAAAAAGUUUACUGAAUUGGACUCGACGAUUCCAAGUUAUUUGUGGGAUUGCUCGAGGACUUCUCUAUCUUCAUGAAGAUUCUAGAUUAAGGAUUAUCCACAGAGAUCUCAAGACCAGCAAUAUUCUUCUAGACGAAAAUAUGAAUCCUAAAAUAUCAGACUUCGGUCUUGCUCGAACAUUAUGGGGAGAUGAAGCUGAAGGAGAAACAAGAAGAAUAGUAGGAACUUAUGGUUACAUGUCUCCAGAAUUCGCGACACGUGGAUUUUUCUCGGUGAAAUCUGAUGUCUUUAGUUUUGGCGUUAUUAUACUAGAGACAAUUAGUGGAAACAAGAACCGGGAAUAUUGUGACUAUGAUGAUCUUGAUCUUCUUGGAUAUGCAUGGAGAUUGUGGAGCGAAACAACGCCGUUGGAGCUGAUAGAAGAAUCGCUACGCGAUUCCACUGUUGGAGCAGAAGCUGAAAUAUUGAGAUGUAUUCAGAUAGGGCUUUUAUGUGUUCAAGAGAAAGCUGAUGAUAGGCCAGACAUGUCAGCUGCAGUUCUAAUGCUGAAUGGUGAAAAAGCAUUGCCUAAUCCAAAGGAACCUGCCUUUUAUCCGCGUCAAUGCGACUCUUCAUCGGGAACUAGUAACCUGCAUUCAAAUAAUGAUGUUUCCAUGACAUUGUUACAAGGAAGAUAGUCUAUAUGAAACUAAGGGCCAAUUCUCCUGUUAAUAUAAAUUUGGCAUUUGUGUAUAAGUACUAACUUAAGGGAACAAUUUCUAUGUUGUUUGGAUCACUUCAGAUUUUUGCAGUAAGAGUGUGAAGGUGAGAGUAGCAUUAGCAUUACUUAGUGAAAGAUUAGUUGGUAUGCUAAAUUUAGCUCUAGGAGAAGAGAAAAAAAAUCAGUAUUAAGUUCCAAUGACGUUUAAUUGAUACAUAUGUAUUAUGAAAUAUUGCACUAAAUACACCUACAAUAUAAUAUCA